AUGUCAAAUAUACAGGUUGUUGUUAGAUGUCGAGGAAGGAAUUCUCAAGAGAUUGCUGCUAAAUCUCCUAUAGUUGUUGAAUUGACUGAUGAUAACUUCUCUAUCAGUGAACCAUAUAUUACCAUCAAUCAAGGUUAUACCAAGGCAACAACUACCACCACUAAUGUUUCCACCACCAACACCACCACAAAUACAACAUCUGCAACACCAAAUACAAGUGCUUCAUCUUUAGAUACAAACCUGAAACGAACAUACAAGUUUGAUCAAAUCUAUGGUUCUCAAGCAGAUCAAAAUCUAAUCUAUUCUCAACUUGCUCAUCCUUUACUUUUAGAUUUUUUACGAGGGAUAAAUGUUACUAUUUUAGCAUAUGGACAAACUGGUACGGGGAAAACUUAUACUAUGAGUGGGAUGGAUAAUAAUAAUAAACUUGAUGAAAGCUCAGAAAUAGCAGGAAUCAUCCCCAGAUUAUUAGGUGAAUUAUUUCAAAAUUUAUUAUCCAAUACCACCACAACUGAUUAUAUGGUGAAAAUUUCAUAUUUGGAAAUAUAUAAUGAAGAAUUGAUUGAUUUAUUGAGUAAUAAUAAUAGUAAUAAUCGAAAAUUACGAAUUCAUGAAAAAAUAAAUGCCAAUAAAGUGAAAUCUAUUGGGAUACAAAAUUUAACUGAAUAUACUAUAAACAAUUAUAAUCAAGGAAUUAAAUAUUUAAAAAUGGGAUUACAAAAAAAGAAAACCAGUAGUACCAAUUUAAAUGAGACAUCAUCACGUUCACAUACUAUUUUUUCAGUACAAUUAUAUCAAAAAAUAACAUCGUUAACACCAUCGGGAAACGAUAAUGAAGAAUCAGUUUAUCGAAUUUCGAAAAUGAAUUUAGUUGAUUUGGCUGGUUCAGAAAAUAUUAGUCGAUCAGGGUCUAUAGUCAAAGAAGCUGGAGGGAUAAAUCAAUCUUUAUUAACUUUGGGUAGAGUAAUAAAUUCAUUGAAUGAAAAAAAAUUACUGCAUAUUCCUUAUCGAGAAUCGAAAUUAACUCAUAUUUUACAAGAUUCAUUAGGUGGCAAUACUAAAACUACUUUAAUUGCCACUAUUUCUCCAGCACAAGUCAAUCUACUGGAAACAUGUUCGACAUUAGAUUAUGCCAGUAAAGCAAAAAACAUUAAGAAUGCCCCCAUGAUUGGUCAUGAUUCAGAAAUCAUCAUGAAAAAAACAUUGGUGAAGAAUUUGGCUCAAGAAUUAACUUUAUUAAAUAUGGAUUUAAUUGCUACAAGAAAUAAGAAUGGAGUAUAUUUAGAUCCAGAAAAUUAUGAUCAAUUGAUUCAAGAAAAUGAAUCAUUGAAAACUGGGGCUAAAGAAGAUAGAUUGAAAUUGGAACUGUUACAAGCGAAAAUUGAAACUCUAGAAUAUACUAAAUUGGAAAAUAAGGAAGAAAUUAAUAAUAUGAAACAACAAUUACAAAGUUAUCAACUGAAAUUGCAAAUAUUAGAAACUAAAUAUCAUAAAGCCGUUGGGUUGAAUCAAACCAACCAAGAAACCAUUUAUGAAUUGAAUAAUAAAUUGAAACGAGCAUUUGAAAAAUCUUCUAGUUCAGCAGAAUUGUUAGUUAAUUUAUUAUCAAAUCAUUUACAUACUUCGAUUGGAUUAGUUAAUGAUAGUAGGAAUUUACAACAAGAUAAUAAAUCUGUGGAUCAAUUGAAUAAUUUCCAAUUGGAAUUUAUUAAAAAUUUGGAUGAAUAUAAACAACAACUUGGGAAAAAUUUACAAGAUUAUCAAUUACAAGUUGGAAAUAUAGUGAAUGAAGAUUUAACUAAUUAUAUUUCCACAUUCCAACAAAACUUUGAUAAUUUAUUAUCAUUUCAACAAGAAUUUUAUACCAAAACGUUUGAAGUGAUACAAGAUUUUAAAAUUAUUAAUGAGAAAUUAUCAGGAUUUUUAAAAGAUGAUUAUUUACAUAAUAUUGAAACCAAUUUAAAUUCCAAACUUGCCACUAUUCUUGGAGAGAAUUUACCCAUUGUAGUUGAUAAUCUCAAGAAAUUAAUGACCAAAGAAUUGGAAUUGACAAUGAAUAAUGUUAUUACGAAAUAUAAAACUGUAUCAAAUGAAGAAAUUUCGAAAGAAAGAGAAAAUGUAUUAAAAAUGGAAAAUUCUUGGAAUAGUCAAAUCAAUAAUUUAUUACCAAAACUAGAAACUGAUUUGAAUAAUAAUAAUAAAUUCCAUCAAAAUUGUCAAGAAAAUUUACAAAAUAUUAUUAACAGUAAUGAUAUUUGUGACAAGAUAAAUAAAUUUCAACAAGAUAAUUCACAAUUGGAUAUUUUGAAUGAUUUUGAUUUAAAACCUAAAUUAACAUCAUCAAUAAAUGUUAUAUCUAAUGAUAUACAAAAAUAUCAAGAUCAAAUGAAUAAUAAUUUAAAUAAAAUCAAUGAAGAAUUAACUCAAAUUCAACAAUUUGAUGCUAAUACCAUGAAAAUAUCACCUAUUAAAGAAUGUUCAAGAAUACCCAUAACAAGUAUGAAUAUUACUAAUAAUCAAUUUAAACCAAUUAAAUUACAUCGAAGUAAUACUACUUGUGGUGAUAGUAAUGAGAAAUCUCUUUCACCUACUAGAAUACCAACAUUACAAAGAUCGAAAACUAUUACUAAUUCUGAAGAUAUAUUACAUGAUUUGGAUUCAGGUACACCCAUCGCCACCGCCACCGCCACCAAAAAGAGAAAAAUAUUACAAACAAUGGACAAUUUAUUAUAA